GCCCAUCUAGCCGAGUAGUUAUAUAUCCUUGUGUCGGCGGACGCUCGUUUGCCGGACAAUAAUAUUAAUUGCCAAACAUCCUGCUUUGAAUAUUAUCAAGAUUUUGCUCGAAGAUUGGCGCAAUACUGAUACGAUACUGUUAUAAUGGGAGACGUAAUUUGCGACGCGGCUUUGUCGCUAUUACGUAAAAUGGAGGAGGAAUACAUAGACACUCAGGACUCAGCCGUAAAUGAAGUGGUAAAUCGUAGCAAUGAAGUGAGUGAACAUUUGGUGGACAGUACGAAGGAAUUCGGUGAUGUAGUGGGCUACGACGAGGGUUACGACGACGAGGACGGCGGCAACAGCUUCCGAGGAGGCCGGGGGCGCGGGAACUUCAGAAGCAGAGGCCGCGGCCCGCCUCCUGGUUGGAUGAAUGGGCCUCCUAUGAGGUUCAGGGGUCGAGGCUACGGUCCAGGAGGUCCACCGAUGCGAGGUCGAGGCUUUUUCCGCGGACGAGGGGGCCCACGAGGCUUUGGGCCGAACAACGGGCCUAACUUUGACAAUAACUGGGGUCCUAUGGGGCCGCCACCGCCUGGGAUGAUGGGUGGGCCACCGCCCGGUAUGAUGGGAGGGCCCCCGCCGUUUGGGCCUCCUCCGGGCAUGAUGCCGCCGGGUGGACCGAUGGGCCCGCCUCCUAAUAUGAUGGGGCAGCCCCCGCCGUUUGGUGGGCCCCCUGGUAUGCCACCACCAAAUAUGCCAGCACCAGAACUCUGGGUGGAAACAAAGUCCGAGGAAGGCAAGCCGUAUUACUACCACUCGAGGACCCGGGAGACCACGUGGACGCGGCCUCAGGAGGGACCUACUUGCAAGGUCAUCUCGCAGUCCGAUAUGGAAGCUAUGAUCGCUUCAGGCGGCCCAAUGGCCAUGUCGGGGCCCCAAAACGUGGGCAUGUCGGGCCCCAUGGGCGGGCCGAUGUCGGGCCCCAUGGGCAUGCUGGGUAACGGCGUGAUGAACAACGUGAUGCCGCCCGGGGUGCACUCGGCGCCGCCCUCAGGGAACGUCCCGCCUUUUAUGACACAGCCGCCGCCAUGGGUUAAGGAUGGUGCUGCCAAAGACAAGGAAGAGGGUAGUCCCACAGAGAAUGACGAGAUGCCUCCCGGAGAGACUGCACCUAUUGCACAAACAGCCAAUGGUCCGGCCCCGGGCGCCGCCCCCGGCUCGUUCGGGUACUACGGCGGCGGCUGGCCCGCGUGGGGCAGCUGGCCGCCGCCGCUCGUGCCUCCUGGCAUACAGGCUGACUCUGCUGCGAGUCAGGCUAACUCAGGCGCUCGUCCAACCAGCCCGUCUUCUGAGCCUACCGUGAUAUCAGACUCGCCCACUCCUACGCCUAAGAAGGAAGAACUUGUAAUAACCCCCGAGCUGAUAGCGGCAGCAGCGGAGUGGACGACGCACCGGGCGCCGGACGGACGCCCGUACUACUACCACGCCGCCAAGCAGGAGAGCGUCUGGGAGAAGCCCAAGCCCAUGAAGGAGCUGGAAGAAUUACGAGCCAAAAUCGCUAUUGAGAAAGGCGAACCCGUUGAGAAGAAAAAUGACAAAAAAAUGGAAAUUGACGAUAGCAAGAUUGAAGUAAUAGACGUAGAAGCCCACGCGGAAGCCGCGGCGGCCGCCGAGGCCGAGCGAGCUGCCCAGGCCGAGAGAGCCGCGCAGGCCGAGAGAGAGAGAACUCGCUCCGACUCCGACAAGGAGAAGGAGAAAGACAAGGAGAAGGACAAGGACAAGGCCAAGCAGGACAGGAGCCGGCCUAUCUCUAGCACGCCGAUAUUGGGGACGCCUUGGUGCGUAGUAUGGACUGGAGACGGCUCAGUGUUCUUCUACAACUCAGCAGCACAUUCCUCCGUGUGGGAGCGACCCGCCAUCCUCAUGGGCCGCGCGGACGUCGACAAGGCCGUCAGCCAACCGCCCGCCGCAUUGUUGGAACUGCAGACAGUAAAUGUCGAGCCGCUCGUGUGGGACGCUCGAGUGUUGGCGCCGGCCGAGCCUGACAAAAUUGCGCUACCUGGCCGCCAGCGCAAGGACGCGGCGGGCGCGGGCGCCGGCACGAAGGCAGCCAAUGGCGAGCUCAAGCGCGCUGCUGACUCCAGCACCGAUGAUGCCGUCGAUCCCGCCAAGAAGCCUAAAGUUGAAGAAGAGAAGAAGCCAGCCCCCUCAUCCCUGUCAGGCGGCGGCACGAUCCUGGUGGGCGCGGCGGCGGCCGUGGAGGCCGAGGUGCGCGCGGCCCGCGAGCGCGGCGCCCUGCCGCACCCGCAGCGCCUCGCCGCCUUCCUGCACAUGCUGCAGGAGAAGGACGUGUCCGCCUUCUCCACCUGGGAGAAGGAGCUGCACAAGAUCGUCUUCGACCCCCGCUACCUCAUGCUCAACUCCAAGGAGAGGCGACAGGUAUUCGACCAAUACGUUCGCGAGCGUGCUGAGGAAGAGCGUAAGGAGAAGAAGAACCGACUCGCGCAGAAGAAGGUCGCCUUCCGAGCACUCAUGGACGACGCCAAGCUGCACUCCAAGUCAUCAUUCAACGAGUUCACCUCAAAACACGGUCGCGACGAGCGUUACAAAGGUAUAGACAAGGCUCGCGACAGAGAGACGUACUUCAACGAGUACCUCGCCGAGCUGCGCAAGAGAGAGAAGGAAGAGAAAGAGAAAGCCAGAGAACAGGUGAAAACUGACUUCAUAGCGCUGCUUAAAGAGAAGGGAGUGGACAGACACGCGCGAUGGGUGGACGCCAAGAAGAAGAUAGACGCCGACCCGCGGUAUAAGGCCGUGGAGAGCAGCACCAUGAGAGAAGACUACUUUAAGGAGUACUGCAAGCUGGUGAAGGAAGAACGGAAGAAGGAGAAAGAUGGGAAAGAGAAGAAGCGAGAACGCAGCAGCGGCAAGAAGGAGAAGAGAGAAAAGGAGCGCGACAAGGAGAAGGAGAAAGAGAAAGACAACAAGAAGGACAAGAAAAAAGAGAAGGGAGACAAACAGGGAGACACCGAGGAGGAGAGGAAACAGCCCACCCCCCCUCCGGACCAGUGGGCCGAGAUCCUCGGCAUCCCCGGCGAGGACGACGCCAAGAAACCCGCCAAGACCACGCGCAGGUCACAGCAGGAACAGGACAAACCAUCCAAAGCGGAGAAAACCAAAUCCACGUCCGAAGAAGACCAGCCUUCUCCGAAACAAUUGCGCUCUUCAAAGAAAGAAGUAGCGCAAACGCCAGAGAAGGUCGAGAAGUCCCCGAUAAAACCGCCCCCAAAGAAGCGGAAACCAGAGGAGUUCCAAUCACCGGAGACAGAAACGCCGGCCGUGCCUAAAAAAGUGGAGAAGAAGAAGCAAGAUAAGGCUGACAAGACGGAGAAGCGUAAGCGAAAGAAGUCGGAGAAAGAAUAGUGUUUGAUGUACGUUUUCUUCGGGCGAAGAUCAUCGCGCAAUUAGUGCGCUGUUUUUGGUUCUUGCUCCCAUGAAGUGUGGGUAGUUUGAAUGUUUUAAGGUUUUUCGCCUUUUUGGUUUUUUGACUGGUUGCCUGGUUGUCCGUUGCAUUUGUUUGGUCCCAGAAAGGUCUAAGAAAUAGUAAGACAAUUUUGUGAUUAACUUAUGAAAUAGGGAAGACAGCGCUUUAAGUUAAUAUGAAAAUUGACUUGCAUAUAUUGACCUUGACAAACAAAUAUUAUUACAAAUAUAAAAUACUGAUUGAUUUAAACUAUAAAACAAUAUUUUUAAUCAGUCAAUAGGAAGCUGACAGGUGGAUUUGAGAAAACUGUGACACUAGGGCUUGUUAGAUAAUUGAUGCUGCAGCUUACUCGAUAAGAAGAACAGUUAAAUAUAUUAAUAUUUUGCAUUAUAUUCAUUAUAUGCUUUUACUAUUCUGGUAUCCCAAAAAUCAUAUUUAUCAGCACCACAAUCGGCUGUUAAGUGAAUCCAGUCUGGCAACUGGAUUUUUAAAACUAGCGUCCAAGAUUUCAACCUGGUGUCCUUAAUUUUGAUCUGGUGCCCGUAAAUUUCAAGUUGGGCCCACGAAUUUCACAUUGGUUCCCAAUCUGGUUCUCAAGCUUCAAAUGCAACGGACAGCCGGCAUUUAUGUAUUAUUUCUCACAGACUGCCCACACGUCAACAAUAGACUCUCAGUGAAAAACAAUAGUUCAUAGUUUUGUGUGUUUUUGUAACUGUGUCGCGGGAUCACUGGCUUUUAAUUCACACAAGAUACUUAUGCCUUUUUAGUGUCCCAGGCCUCUUCUCAUACAGAGAAAGAAUGAGCGUUAAUCAUCAAGUAUAGAUUUUCAGAGUAACAAAAUUUCGCUAUUGUAACCAAAUCAUAUCCAGCGAAAGCGGCGUCAAAUUAAUAAAGAAAAGAAAUAGAAAGACUUAUUUUUUUACAGUUUGGAGAAAAAAUAUUAGUCUCUCGCACUUUAUGUAAAUGUUAUAAUUACGUAAAAUAUCACAAAUAAUGAGAAAAUUAAACUAUAUUGACAAAAUAUAUUAUCUUAUAAUCUUGACAUUUAUGAUGAGACAUAAAAUCCUGUUUGUCUGAAAGCCAGUCAUUCCACCACACGUUUGUCAUGUUUUAAAACAUUUUGGACAUUGUAAAUAUUGAAAAAAAGUGUACAUUUUAAACUUAAGUUUAAGGUUAGAUUUUAAUGUAAAACUUAGGAAUUAUCUUACUUAAAUGACCGGUGAUUCGGUUCGCACUUAGGCUCAGAAUCUACCAAAGCGGAGAAAUUUUUAUACAACCAAUAUAAAUUCGUUAUUAUAUCGCUCACUCAAUAGUAGCACGUUAAUGUCGGUGGUGCUUGUGCUCUCUCGCCGCUGGUGUGGGCUUGUCGUCGCAUCGCGCCAUGAGAGUGAAGGAAUACUGAGUGCACCGCAGUACAAGCUAAUGCUCGUGCACUAUAACAUGUCCUGCGCAGCUGAUCUCCUUAUAUGAGAACAGCCGCCGUGGCCGAUAAUCGGCUAGGAGAACAUCAUCAUCAGUAUCCCUAAGUGGAGAAAUUCUAUUGGUUUCUUUAAAGCCAUGUAUUCACUGAGAAACAAUUUUUUAUAAACACUGUUUCAAAAACAAUAUCAAUAUACACGUGUUUCUGUGGUAUAUAUAAUUUUGUUUCUGUGGUCGGCAGAAUUUCCGAAACAUUGUUGCUGUAAACAUCUACGUGAUGUUUCAGAAACUGUGUAUCUGAAACAUUGUUUCCCAGUGAAUACGUGGCUUUAAACUUCGCUCCACUUUGGUGGAGUCGAGACCUUAGCAUACGUGCGAUUUGAAUCACCCUGUAUACAGUACAAUAGUCGAUAUGAAGCUAUGUGACACAGUUGUGUGUCGAUUCUGAUUUUAAUCGAUAUGAAUAGAAAAUAAUAAUAAUUUUAGCAGUUACUGUAUGCUCAAUUACAGAUAGACCUAAAUUUUUAGCGGAGAUGCCAUAAAGCAGGUAGGUCAGGCGCCUUCUUGUAGCUCAAGCAACGUGCGGUAGCCGGGAUCACUUACUACAACUAACGAGGCGUUCGGGUUCCUUGUCUAAUCAAAACCAAUCUGUCAGAGAUUGGUCUUGAUUGAUUGGUGAUUUUAUUUUGAAAUUGACGGGUUCUUAAAGAAGGCGUGUAAGAGAUGAUUAUUUUAGUAACUAUUAAUAUACAUAAAUAAAUGUUUGUCUGUCUAUUAUUGAGCAUACGGUGUUGCCACACGGAUUGUCAUAACAAAGCCAUGCGAGUAUGCUGCAUGUUGCCAUAUGAAUAAAACAUUUUUACUACACUAGAUUUCACGAUCAAAAUAAUUGCAAACGUUUGACGAUUUUCUACAAAUGUAUGAAGUACUAGUCAUAUUAAGACAUUAUUUCUGAGAAACUAAUAAUUUAGUUCAGAAUGUCAGACGAUUGUAGUUAUUUUGAACGUCAGAACUAUAUGAUAAAUACGAUUACAUUUAUGACGGUCAGAUACAGUUAAGAAUUAAACCCUGUUUUGAGACAGAAAAGUGACGGUUAAAAGUACCCGCUAGGUAAUUAAACGAAUAGAGUUGUGAAUUAAUUAGAUAGAUAAUACCUAUCUAGAAUUGGUGAAACAGGUUCGUGCACCCUAGGGUUCAUAGCUACGAACCCUAGGAUGCAUGUUAUUAACCCUGCGUUUGUUUGCAAGGGACGCAUAUUAUUGCAGAUUAUGAUAAAUUUUGACAGCAAUUUGGUUUCCGAUACAAAAAUAUUAUAUUUACAAUGACAAUAAUAUAUUGUUGUAAUAUGAAUUAAAUAUUUUCAAUGUAUCGGAAUUUCGCUACAGUCGUAUCAACGAUGAAUAUUGUACAUAUUUUAAAAUAUAAUUUAAGUUAUUUAAUAUUUCUCAUGGUACGUUGUCACUUUAAGUGCCAAGUCCAAAUGUAUUACGUACAGAAUUUUAAGCGCUAUACACACUGAAGGCGAUUGUUUAAUCGUCUCAUAAAGUUUGGGAUACACAGUAUUUUAUAAUAUAGUUGUUCGUAGUUGAAGUUCGAUUCCUGAGUCAGGACAUUUUCAAUGUGUACAUUAAUGUCGUAUUUUCAAUGUUUAAAUAAUAAAUGUUACAAAAUUUCAUUUCAGUGUGUACAGCGCAUAAAAAAUUUAAAUAAAUACAAGUUUUAAGCCACAAAUAUGUUUAUAGAAAUAAGCUCCCCAUUAAUGUCCCAAUAAAAAUGCUCCGUAUACGAUUUUGGUGGAUAUUCAAAAGAUGAACCCUAGUGAACCCGUUGAACCCUCGUGAACCCUUGAACCCUGUUGUAUUAAUAGAUGUUACGAUUAUACAAUUCAGUGUUAGAUUAUGCAAUUUCCAAGGCUUGGCAACUCUUGACGGUACAAAUCGGUAUUUUUACUUACUAUGAAGAUAUAAAUUGGUUGUUAAAUCGGUCAAAAAUUAAAUCUUUUAUUUUAUUCAUUUGGUAGAAUCUUAAAAUCUUGAAAUUAACGUUUUGACGGUUUUACUUUUUACUUUUUUUUUGUCAAAAUUAGUAUUCGUAGUAAGGAACUGUGUUUGAAAGUUAAAUUAAAGUUUUGAAUUUGACUUGUUAUAACUACCGUGUUUUAAAUUUCAAUAUGAUCUAUAGCAAUAGAAUUCUAACUUUAUUUCCCUAUAAUUAAAUUAUAUUUUUAUUUUAUCUAACUUAACCAUGCCGUGACGUACCGUCAAUAGUUGUCAAGUUGUAUGUGAGUCAAAAGUUCACUUGUUUAAAUAAAUAGUAGGAAAUCUAUGUUCGAAAACGGUUAAAAUAUUCGUGUAUUUGAAUUCAAUAUAAAACAGUUUAUUCAUUAAAUAGGAAUUUGACAUUAAAUGUUAGGUGUCUACAGUUUAAUAUGAAUAUUACCGUAUUUUUUGUCGCUUCAGUUUUAACAUAACGUAUAAAGAAAAUUGACAACUUGAAGUCCUAUUAAUAAUCCUUCAAUAAGUACCAGUAACUGGGUCGAGGAGGUCGGAUAGGCAGUCACUCCUUGUGGCUAGGGCUGCCAUCUCGAAUUUCGCCAAACCCGGACAAACAUUAAAAAAAACCCGGACAUUUGGCGUAAAUCGCAUUUUUCCCCGAACGAGUACGAUUUUCUUUAAACAAAAUAAUACCUAAUUUGUAAUCCAUUUACUAUUAACAUAUACUUCAAUUCAAUGAGGUUCUUCCUUACAUGAAAAAUGUCCGGGUUUUCCCCGGACACUUCUUGAAACCCCGCCCGGACGGCCCCCGGAUGGCCUCCAAACGAGGACAAAUCCGGGGAAACCCGGACGGAUGGCAGCCCUACUUGUGGCACACUGGUACUCAGCUGCAUCUGGUUAGACUGGAAGCCGACACCAACAUAGUUGGGAGAAGGCUCAGGAGAUGAUGAAUAAGCCAAUCCUUACUAAUAUUAUAAAUGCGAAAGUUACUCUGUAUGUCUGUUUGUCUUGAGCCUGAUAAAGGACAGAUACUACUUUUUAACCGGGUGCGGGAAGAUUUCCCCCGGGACGCGGGUGAAACCGCGUGGAACAGCUAGUGGUAAAUAAAAUAAUAUUAGUUAUGGUUGGUGCCUUUCUGUGUUGGUGAAAUUGUUGAAACUAUGCUAAUAUUAUAAAGCUUUAUGAAUUUGAUUAGUUUGAACGCGAUAAUCUUAGGAACUACUGGACUGAUUUAGAAAAAUAUCUGUGUUGUUGUUUGUUUUUAUCCGGAUGGGCAAAGCAAGUCUCUCAGGAUGCGGGAGAAACCACCGGCGGAAGCUAGUAUUGUUUGUUAUGAUAUUGUUGGGAACAAAUGAGCAUUUUGUGGAUAUUAAGGCUACUUUUUAUCCAAGUGCUCAAAGUAUCUUCUAUAGGACACGGUGAAACUGCUGGUGAAAGGCUAGGUAAUACUGAAGUAAUUUUUCAAAUAAGUUCCAUAGUUUCUAAGAUUAGCGCGUUCAAGCGAACAAAGUUCAGUUAUAAUAUUAGUAUAGAAAUACCUCUUUAAAUUGUCUAUUUCUUAUCGAGUGAGCUGUAGGUUUAAUCACCUAACAAGCCCUAGUGUCAGAGUUUUCUCAAAUCUCAUCAUUUUCUGCCUUUUCCCAACUAUGUUGGGGUCGGCUUCCAGUCUAACCGGAUGCAGCUGAGUACCAGUGUGCCACAAGGAGCCACUGCCGAUCUGACCUCCUCAACCCAGUUACCCCGGCAACCCAAUACCCCUUGGUUAAACUGGAGUCAGACUAACUGGCUUCUGACUACCCGUAACGACUGCCAAGAUAGUUCACUGACAGCCGGGACCUACAGUUUAACGUGCCAUCCGAAACACAGUCAUUGGUGUCCAAGAUAUACUUAGAAAAGUACAUACAAACUUAGAAGAGUUGCUUUGGUACUUGCCUGACCUGAAAUCGGACACACUCACAUUUGAGAGGUUGGUUCUUUACCCACUAGGCCACCACGGUUUUACUAGCCUACACUAUAUACGUUAUAUUAAAACUUAAGCGAUAUAUUAGAUUUUAAUAGAAGUUCGCGUUCCUUUCACAUUCACUGUACUUAUAAAAAAGUAAUCUAUGAAGCCCUUUACUGGCCCUCUCCUAAACCGUAUUUUUCUCAAAUAUUUACGUUCGAUUUCUAAAACUUAUCCGUUGGUUUGAGAUUAGAUAUUGAUAUAGAAAUACAGGUUAUAGAGAAGCGCAGAUAGUUUGAUUGAAAAAUACUAAAGGGUUUGUCAGGAAAUAUCAAUAUGUUUGUACAAAAAAAAAACUCAAGGUGAAGUUAGAAACAAAAUUUUAAGUACCUCUAAUAUUGAAAUCAUGAUUUUUUUAUCUUUGCAGAAAAUAAUGUUAGGUUGUUCAAUGAUAUACGUUUUGGAAAAACACAGUUUUGGUUCACAGUUUUUUCAUUUGGAUAUAAUUGACUAGGUCUCAAAAGUAUGAAAUUCACCUCCCAUUCGGUAACUCUAAACUAUCAUAUCAUACUAUUUUCAAUAAGUCUAAUUCAUGUAAACUGGACCUCAUUGCAGACACAGUUUAAUUUAUUUCAAAAAAAUAUAUCACUUUCAUCAAUUCAUUCUAGAGCCGAUUUUUCAAUCGCUAGGUAACUUAUAUUUGGCAAAUAUGAAUCAAAAUCAAAAUUAGGCUGCAAAACAGCACUUUUCGAACGUCAGAAAUUUACAAAAGACAGCCCCCAAAACGCCUACCCUUCACCACUUCCUAUGUGUUAUUGCUGGGAAGAAUAAGUGGUAUGUUGACAUUUUGACAGCUUCUGUAUAGAAAAUUAUGUUAAACCGCUAUAUUUAUUCCUUAGAUAAAAGUUAUGUGAUGAUUGAAAAUAGGCCCUUAAUAGAAAGAAAUAAAAUAGAUUUUCUAUUAUUUUGUAUGUCUCAAGACCAGACCUCGGGACUAAAGAGUCCCGGAUUUUUGGGAGGCGAACGUGGGGCCGAAGCCAACACGCUGAAGCCCUUUUGAGACAACUUUAAUGAAAUGGUGACACAAAACCGACGAUUAUCCCUGUAUACACUAUAGAAAUGUACCCAAGGACAAUCCCCGGUUCUGUGCUAUACUAUUGCUAACUAUGGAUGAAAACUACUUGGGCUAUUGUGAUGGGAUGCUAAUGUAUUAUUAUUAUUAUGCGGUUGACUUUAAAUUUCAGAUGCAAAACUUACAUACGGUCUACGUGAAUUAGACUUAGCACUCAAAAUUAUUCAAUUUCAAACCUACAGCCGUUGGUAAAGAGAGCAUUUUUCUAUAAUAAGUACAUUUUGUACCGUCACUAGUUUAUAUUAUGUAAUCUGUACAUAGGUUUUAUAUACUAAUUAUGAUUGAAAAUGUUUAGAUUUUAUUAUUGUGAAUAAAUUCAUGAUUGUGUA